AUGGAAGUUGUUCUCCGCGAAGCCUGUGAUAAUUGCCACCGCCGCAAGACUCGUUGUAUUUCUCGUCGCCAUGGUGCCUGCGCAAACUGCAGAGACAGCGGACAAGUCUGUACCUAUAGCCCGCGAAACCAGAUGGGCCGCCCUCGUCAACGCAGCGGCACCGGACACCAAGGUCGUAAGACUCCGUGUGAACGAUCAACGAGAACUUUGACUCCACAGUCCAUUACAGAACAGGAACGUCCAACUAUCUCCCGAACAGUUUGCUGCGGCGGGGCUGCAGACAAUGAUACGGAGAAUACAAUUUUAUUCAACAUGACAGUAGGUGAAGCCGACAACGACACUGAAGAGGGUUUGAUGCCACUCGACAUGAGCAACGAUGUGGCGUCGACUUCGACGAAUGUUCAAAUAGACACGGGAGACGGACUGGAUUCUUCGUCGACAUACACAACUCCUUCUGCCACUGACGCUUACCAUGAGACAUUUGGGCUCCCGAAAGGACACUACUCCCUGAACGGUCGUGCGUAUGAACCGGUUCUUGAGCCAAGAUUAAUGACAGGUUCGUCAGAGUUGCCUUUGGAACAAGAAAACACACGCAGCCCCACGCAUAUAAACGAAUUGACCGAUGAGCGAGACCUUUUGAAAUAUCGCCUGCCCAUAACAUCUUCAGAUAGGUCUGACACUGGCCGGAAUGGUGCAGACUGUGUAUCAGAAUCCAACACAAUGAACGUUGUGGGGCUUUAUGGACAACUCUCUCAGUCACUGUUUAGCUUACAGAGCUAUCGCGAAGGAAUAUCCGACAGUGAAAGAAUGGAUGAUACUAGUGAAGGACAUGGAGCAUGCCUAAAUGCGCUAUUCAACCGAGUGUCCUGUCUCUGUGAUCUGGUCACUCGGCUACCCAAAGACAUGCCUUCCGGCGCGGACAAAGUGACAUAUUAUUGUCUCUUACUCGCUGUAUCGGUUGUUAAUACUGUGAUGGACAUUUAUCAGACCGUACUGGACCGGCGCAAGACGUUAUGGCUUGAUAAUCGCAGAUCCGCUGUACCGUGGUCAUCGCAGUUACGAGAUACCGGUAUUGGCGGGCUACCACAAUGGAAGCGUUCUGGCACGCAGUCGCGCCUGGCGAUGCUCUUAGAUACCGAAGCAAUGGACUUUCAUCUCGAGCAACUACAAAGACUUUUCGCCUUCAUUCCAACUGCUGCAGGAACAGCGCAAGCCCAAUCAAGGUUGGCAACCCUAAGACAGCAAUUGCAGAAAUGGAGCGAGGAACUUCGAAAUAUGAAAUGA